AUGUUCUCGGCCACGCUAAUGGACACAAACUGUGACGAACACCCUGGAAUGCGCGUCGUCUACAGGAAGGACGACCAACUCUUCAAUCAGGGGUGGAUGCACUUCCAGUCAUAUGCAGCCUCUACUUCCGUCCAUGAACUUCUCUUCACUGACGACUGCACUCUCAACGCCACCUCCGAAAGGGACGUGGAAAGGAGCCUGAACCUCUUCGCUGCUGCAUUUGACAACUUCGGCCUUUUCAUCGAUACACAGAAGACGGUGGUUUUGCCUCAACCGCUAUCCGACGCUGACCACGUCGCACCCCAAAUCAACGUGAGCAGAACCCAACUGCAAGUCGUGGACAACUUCACCUACCUGGGCUGCACCCUCUCUCGCAACACCAAGAUCGACGAUGAAGUGGCCUGUCGGAUCUCAAAAGCCAGUCAAGCCUUCUGCCGUCUGUAA